AUGAAGACCAUCAUCGUAUUCGUCGCUUGCUUCGCCCUCGCUGUUGCUGUAACAUUGCCAGUUCAAUUACCAGUACAAUACAGAUCAGACAACAUUCAACAACCCAAUCCACAAAUCAUUCAGUAUCAAAACGAUAACAAUGGCAUUGGACCAUAUAACUUUGGCUUUGAGACAUCUGAUGGGGAAAAGCGCGAGGAGCACGCACAAGUUGUGGUUGAAAAUGAUGGGCCAACACAAGUGGUCAGCGGUUCAUACUCUUAUGUGGGAGAUAAUGGCCAAACCUACACUGUCAACUAUACAGCAGACAAAUUCGGCUAUCAUCCACAGGCUGCCCAUAUUCCACAAUCAAUUGGACGAUUCUAA